GACCGGUGUUAUCGUUAUCGAUUGGUAUCCGCUGACGUGUUUGGAUAGAUUUCUUGGAGAAAAUAGAAAGGUAUCAUGCAAACAAGGCUUAUUUUACUGCUUCUGGCCCUGGCGCCCAUCGUAUUGGCCAAGAAGUUCAAGGACGAGGAAAAACCAGAUUGGGCCAAGAAAGAUAUACGCGAUUACAGUGAUGCGGACUUGGAGCGCCUGCUGGACCAGUGGGAGGAAGAUGAGGAGCCUCUGGAAGCAGAUGAACUUCCGGAGCACCUGAGGCCGCAGCCCAAGAUAGACUUCUCCAAGUUUGACGGCAAAAACCCGGAGGGUCUGCUAAAAGAGUCCAAAAAGGGACGCACACUGAUGACUUUCGUCUCGGUGACUGGUAAUCCAACUCGGGCCGAAGCUGAAGAAAUUACCAAGCUGUGGCAAACCAGCCUGUGGAACAACCACAUCCAGGCCGAGCGCUAUAUGGUCGACGAUGACCGGGCCAUAUUCCUCUUCAAGGACGGAGCACAGGCUUGGGAAGCUAAGGACUUCCUAGUCAGUCAGGAAAGGUGCAAAGGUGUGACCAUCGAAAACAAAGAUUUUCCAGGUAUCCACGCCCAAAAGGACGAAUUGUAGACACCCUUAUAGUAAGACUGGCACAAUCAUUCUCAUCCAACAAGUAUUUCUAAGCUCAAAGUGAACAAAUUUAAAUAAAGUGAAUUUAUUGAAGAAUA